GCGGGGAAGGGGAAGGGGAAGCGGCGGAUGCUCCGCGCCGGUUCCGAGCGGCACCGGCGGCUCCUACCGGCACCGGAGCCAUGUCCCGGCGGCGCUGAGCCUCGCCGGCCCCCUCACCCCGCCAUGGGGAGCAUCUACAAGGAAUACUUCAACCGCGACAAGAUCCGCGAGCACUACAACUUCACCAAGGGCGACACCGACAGCGCCCUGGCGCCCUCGCGCUGGGUGGGCUCCGUCCUCAUCGUCCUCCUCUGCUGCUUCAUCGUCCUGGAGAACCUCCUGGUGCUGGUGUCCAUCUGCCGCAACAAACGCCUCCACCUGGCCAUGUACAUCUUCAUCGGCAACCUGGCCGCCUCGGACCUGCUGGCCGGAGCCGCCUUCAUGGUCAACACCCUCCUGUCGGGCAGCACCACCUUCCGCCUGACGCCGGUGCAGUGGUUCGUCAGGGAGGGCACGGCGUUCGCCACGCUGGCCGCCUCGGUCUUCAGCCUGCUGGCCAUCGCCAUCGAGCGCCACGUGGCCAUCACCAAGGUGAAGGUGUACAGCAGCGAUAAGAAUUGCCGCAUGGUGCUGCUCAUCGGCGCCUGUUGGUUGAUCGCCGGCGCCAUCGGGAGUUUGCCCAUCAUGGGGUGGAAUUGUAUCAGCGAUCUGGGGGAUUGCUCCACGGUGCUGCCGCUCUACUCCAAGCGUUACGUGCUCUUCGUCACCACCAUCUUCACCCUCAUCCUGCUGGCCAUCGUGGGGCUCUACACGCGCAUUUACUGCGUGGUGCGCUCCAGCCACGCCGAGAUCGCCUCGGCGCAGACUCUGGCGCUGCUCAAGACCGUCACCAUCGUGCUGGGGGCCUUCAUCGUCUGCUGGUCGCCCGCCUUCAUCAUCCUCCUGAUGGACGCCUCGUGUCCGGUGCGCUCGUGCCGCGUUUUGUACAGCGCCAAUUAUUUCUUCGCCUUCGCCACGCUCAACUCGGCGGCCAACCCGGUGAUUUACAUGCUGAGGAGCAAGGAGAUGCGCGGCGAGUUCCUGCGCGUGCUCUGCUGCUGCGGCCGCGGCCGGCGCCGCUCCAGGCCCCCCGGCCGGGCGGGGGUCCCGUUACGCACGUCCAGCUCGCUGGACAAAGCUGCGGCCGGAGCCGCGGCCGAGCUGCCCACGGCGCCGUUGACCAGAGAGUGCACCACGUGUGUGUGAGGGGGGUGGGGGGUCUGAGGUCGUGGGUCACCCUGGGGAUACCUCGAGGUCACCCCAUGGACACCCCAUGGCUCCAAGGCCACCCUGAGGACACCUCAAAGUCCAUUGGUCACCCUGGGGAUACCUCGAGGUCACCCCAUGGACCCAAGGCCACCCUGUGGACACCCCCAAGUCCGUGGGUCACUCUGGGGACACUCCAUGGCCACCCUGGGAACACUCCGUGGCCACCCUGUGGACACCCCCAACUCCGUGGGUCACCCUGGGGAUACCUCGAGGUCACCCCAUGG